AUGGCAGAAUUGGAAAAAUUAGGUCCAAAAUAUAGGAUCGCGCUGCGAGUCGCUCGUGAUCCAAGAUUUGAAAGAUUACCAUGUACACACAAAGGAACGUAUGCUGAUGAUUGUCUUGUGCAGCGAGUAACUCAGGCAAGUGUCAUACAUAAAUGUUAUAUAGUGGCAACUUGUGAUCGAGAUUUGAAACGUCGCAUUCGGAAGAUUCCUGGUAUUCCUAUCAUGUAUAUUUCUAAACGAAAAUAUACUAUAGAAAGAUUACCAGAAGCUUAUGGUGCUCCAGCUUAA